CUCCAGACACAGCCGUUCUUGGGUUGGCUUAUCAAGUCAGGCAAGGACGGUUGACUUGGAACAAAGACUCGAUUCGCUCCUAAUCAUCGGAAAUUUGAGACAAGUCGAAAAACAAAAUCCAUCAUUAUUCGUCAACGGACGUUUUAAGGCAUUUGUUUGUGCUCAUUUGUGCUCCAACUUCUCGUCUCUCUUACCAGUCAGCUGUCGCAUUUUCCAUGUAAGCUCUGUUCCACUCAGUCUAUGAGAAAAGCAGGGCGUGUUCCAUGUUAGUCAAUACACACAACCAGACGACCGGCCUUCGUGCUGCCGAAAGGGUCGUAAAAUGAAGACCAACGCCUCUUGUGAGUGGGUGUGAAAAAAGUUCUGUUGUCUUGUGACCGAAGAACUCUUUCCUGGGCUAGACAUAUUAUUGAACCUUCAGUUUAUGUUAAAACAGACCCCAAAGGAAUCGAACACCCAGGGUUUCAGAUGGGGGGCGUGAUAGGCCACAUCAACAUGAACAGGGCCCGGGCCCUACAGACCGAGGUGCCCUCCCUGGACGACAAGGUUCAUAUUGAACCUAAGGUCCUGCCUCCUAGAAAACGGGGCAGGAAUGGUGAGAUCCAACAACUGGAAAUCAAAUUCUUGGACCACGACACUCCGGUUUAUAGGUUGGAUCAAACUGUUGACGGUCAGGUCUUGCUGGAGUGCCAAGGGGACCUCCGGUUUAAGUGCAUCUCGGUGACUUUGAAGAGCUUCGCUCGAGUGUAUGGAAAAUCUGGCUUAUUCGGAAAAAGGGACAAAAUUGAGGCCGAAGAAGUGUACAUCCGAGACAAAAAAUUUUUGAGGGGAGGCAUGGGGACAGGAGCCCGCGAGAGAUUGCCCGAGGGGAUCCAUGAAUUCCAGUUCCAGUUCCAACUGCCUGGCGUGGACCUCCCAACGUCCUUGGAACACACUUUGGGAUGUAUCCGCUAUCUAGUAACAGCAGAACUCGAGGAUGGAAACGGAAAAAGUUGGAAGUCAAUCAAGGCAUUCACCUUUUUGUCGGACAAUCCUGUGACCAAUGACCAGACUGAGUCAAAUGAAACCAUUGUUGACAUUCGGACAAGCGAUGGCAUCACAGUUCCAACAUCCUUCCGUACUAACCGAAAGCUUUAUAUCCCAGGUGGGUUUAUUUCGGUCAACUCAGAUUUUACCAACUCCUCCAAGGUUGAAGUAGUGCCUAGAAUGGUUGUCAUUCGGAAGUCAAGAUUUCACGAGGAGCACGUCAGCACCGAAGUGGCUCACGCCGUGGGCGCGCCAAUAAACAAAGAUGACAUUUGGUGUCCGGUGGUGAUUCCGCUUCCACUUUUGAGUCCGACCAUUUCUAACUGCAAAUUAGUCGAGGUCUCGUAUGAAGUUCAAGUCAAGUUUGACCCUCCAAUUCAAGAUGAGCCCUCUAUAGUGAUUCCCAUUGUGGUGGGAUCGAUUCCCUCCAACGAUCAGAUUGAUGACGAUCAACCGCCAACUUAUCAACAAUGCAUGGACCACGUUGUUUUGGUGGAGAAAGACGAUCCCGAUCGGAAUUCGUAUCUUGGUGCUUUGAGCUUUUCGAAUGUGUAUCCAUUCAUGUCUGGGGAACCCCGCCAUUAUCAAGAUCCACCAUCCUACUCUGAUGUAGCUUUCGCCGAUGAAGAUGCAGAAUAGGUGGCAAUAGAAUAAUUAUAAAGACACGAGAAUUUUAACCUAUUCAAAGCUUUACAUGGAUCGCAAAUGCACGGAACUAAAAUAAAGCAUUAUCAUCACGCA